UCACACAGGUUGAGGACUCCACAUCAACAAGACUUCUACUACCACAGUUUCAUACUGACCUACAGAGCCUCUGCUGUGACCUCUGCUGUGACCUCUGCUGUGACCAUCAUCCACACAUCAGACCACCGUCCAGACAGACGGAGACAUCUGAGACUCCGGCAGAAGCAGACAGAGACAUCUGAGACUCCGGCAGAAGCAGACAGAGACAUCUGAGACUCCGGCAGAAGCAGACAGAGGUUAUAAAAACAGCCUUCACCCAGUGGAGUUGACGCAGUCAGGACUGGCGUGUACAGCAGCCAACCCAGAGAUGAGUGUGUCAACGUGUCAGAUGAAGGAACGUUACAACCAGCAGGGAUUCCUCUCUGCUGUACCGGUCCUAGACCACACAGAGCUGAGGGAGGCCAGACAGGCCUUCAACCACCUGGAGAGAGAGUUCGGUGAGGAGUAUACCCAGUACAGUCUCCACAAUGUGCACCUGCAGUACCCCUGGGUGAUGGGCCUGGCCAAACACCCCCACAUCCUUCAGGUGGUACAGUCCAUCCUGGGCUCUGAUGUCAUCCUGCUAGACUCACGCUUCAUCUGCAAGUACCCAACAACCCCCACACCCCACCCCACAGCCACACAGGCAGGAAAUGAUGCCAUCACUCUGACCAGUGAGGAGGAAGUGAGGUCAUCAGAGAAGGACCAACAGAGUGAGACUGGACUGCCCUUCGUGGCCUGGCACCAGGAUAUGAGGUACUGGGGAAUAGGGGGUCCAGUCCUGUCGGUGUGGCUGGCUCUAGAUGACUCACUGGCAGAAAACGGAGCCCUGAAGGUCAUCCCAGGAAGCAACUGCUCUGGCAUGCUGCCCCACCAACUCGCCUCCCGCCCCAGAAACAUGCUGUCAGUCAACCAGGAGAUCCCUGAGGAGCUGGUGCAAACGGAUAGCGCUCUACUCUGCCCCCUGCUGGCUGGGCAGAUGUCUAUCCAUGAUGGAUUGCUGGUCCACGCCAGUGACCCCAACACAUCCCAGAAGAGACGCUGUGGCUUGGUGAUCCGAUACGUCCCUACCUGUGCCUACCCUAUACAGGACCCAGACCGUCCCAGGCGUUUCCAUGCUACAGUGAUGGCCAGUGGAUCAGACCAGUUCAGUCACUUCUCCACCUUGCUGUGAUGAGCCUUACAGCACAACUACAACCAUAUCCAUAGAGAUCCCAUUACCAUAUUACUGUCU